AUGCCAGCCACAGGUAGGGAAGAGCCUGAUAUCAUCGCGCCCAUUGAUAACUCGCGGAGCUCGAAUUGUCCCGCUCAUGAGCACGUCGCGCGGUUUCUGGCGAGUGUGGAGAAUGGUGACGACAAUCGCGCUUUCACAGUCGAAGAAGAGAAGCAUGUCUUGCGUCGCAUCGAUUUACGAGUUUUACCACUACUACUGGGUGCAUACUUCUUCCAACAACUCGACAAGUCUGCGCUUUCAUAUACCUCGAUCUUUGGUCUUUCUGAAGAUGCCCACCUUGUUGGCCAACAGUACUCAUGGCUCAGCUCGAUCUUAUAUUUAUCUCAACUGGUAUUCCAACCUCUCGCUGCAUUUUUGCUGGUGAAGGCACCCACGGGAAAAGUUAUUUCAAUCGCCAUAUUCCUUUGGGGAAGUACAUUGGCGAUCAUGUCUGCUUGCACAGACUUUACGAGCCUGUUGGGCAUGCGCUUUGCGCUCGGAGCUUUUGAGUCGAUGAUAGCGCCAUCUUGUAUUGCAGCCACUCAGAUGUGGUGGCGUCGAGGUGAACAGACUUUGCGUGCAGCCAUGUGGAAUGGAAUGAACGGUUUGACGUUUAUAGUUGGUAGCCUCUUUACGUACGGAUUGGGCCAUAUUCACAGCGAUACAUUAUUUUCAUACCAGAUAAUCUUCCUGUUCUGCGGUCUGCUGACAGUCUGCUAUUCAUUCGUCGUCUUGAUAUUCAUGCCCGACUCACCUAUGGAGGCUAAUUGCCUAAGCGACCGCGAGAAAUUCAUUGCCGUCGAGCGUCUGCGUGCCAACCAAAUGGGUAUUGUUUCUCGGGAAUGGCGAUGGGACCAUGUGUGGGAAACGAUCUAUGACUUCAAAACUUGGAGCUGGUUCUUUUUGAUCAUCUCGAUAUCAAUCCCCAGCGGUGGAAUCAGUAGUUUCGGAAAUCUUAUUUUGGAGUCAUUUGGGUACACGAAUUUCCAGUCGAUUCUGUUCAACUUACCGUUAGGCGUCAUUCAGAUUAUUGCUAUCUUGGGUGGUGGUUGGCUUGCCACUCGCUUCAGAACGAAGGGGGCAAUAAUAGUGUUAUUUGCUACGCUUGCAUCAAUCGGUACUAUUUUGUUGCUUGUCGUCCCACGAAGCAAUAAGGGUGUCCUUCUAUUUGGGUACUACCUAGUCUCAACCUUGGCUGCCAUCACUCCUAUGAUUUAUGCCUGGGAAGCUCAAAAUACUGCAGGUGAUACGAAGCGAAAGUGCACAUCAGCGGUUGUUCUUGUGGGGAUGUGCACAGGAAAUGUGAUUGGUCCACAGCUCUUCUCGACCUCUCAGGCCCCGAAAUACCGCCCAGGCCUGAUUGCAAGCUUGAUUAUGUUUAUCCUGGUGGCGGUCUUGUCAAUUUUGACCGAGCUCUAUUUGAUCGCGCUCAACAAGAAGCAUGCCAAGAAGAGGGAGAUCCUUGGAAAGUCAGCCAAUGCUAUCGAUGAAUCAAUGUUGACAAAGGAUAAAAUGGAGACAAGUAAGGUUGUAGAGCUCGAAGAUGUUCGGGAUAUUCGGGACCGCAACGUUGCAGACAAGGGUUUCGCAGAUAUAACGGACCUGCGGAAUGAGGAUUUCAUCUUUGUCUAUUAG